AUAACAUAAAAUUAUGCUUUAAAUAAAAUUUUGGUAAAGAAAAAAUUGUCUUGGAAUUAUGUUAGAAACACGUGUUCCUUAAAAUCACUGUAAUAACCAAAAGUUUUUUCCGAAUCGCCGGCCUUCGGACGCUGCAACCAGCUAAUGCGCUCGCUCUCUCUCUCUCUCUCUCUCUCUCUCUCUCUCUCUCUCUCUCUCUCUGCGGGUCUGGAUUGGAGUAGACGUGUCGAACAUCGCUCCGUCUCUAUAGUGUGUUUUGAGAAGAAAAGAGAGCAGUAGAAAAGUAUAAAAUUAGUGUGGUGAUAGUUUUAUAGACCAGUGACAACAGGAAUCGUUAUCUAGCCGGGAAAAGCAGAUCUGUGAAUAGCUGAAUUAUAUUUCUAUAAUCAUGUGUAUCAACGACGUUGUGACAAGCAAGCACUAACGUGGAUGGAAUCUGCUGACGUGUAGCGAAUCGACAGCGGCGGAACACAAAUGUCGACGAUAGAAGAGGACAUCGAAUAUCGAUGUUCGGCAUGCAAGAAGGCUAUUAAAACUGAAGUAGUACAAUGCAAAUCAUGCGUUAAACUGUUUUACCAUCCAGGCUGUGUUAGUAAACACAAAAUUUAUGAUAGAAAUAAUGAACUAGUACCGUGCCAGGGCCCCUUUGCAAAAUUUGGGAUAGAGAAUGAAAUUGGAGAAGUAAAGAAAACGGCAAGUAGCAACAGAGAUAGGCUCGGAUCGGCAGGAGCAUCUGGAAGACCAAGCACAAGCACGAGUGGAUCGGCAAAUAUGGACCUAAAAAUUGAUUGGCUCAUGAGAACAAUAAAAGAAAUAAAAGACGAGACUAUAUGUAAGAAAGAAAUUAAAGUGAUGAUAAAGGAAAUUAUCCAGCAUGAGUUAAAGAAUAUCAAAGAAGAGCUAGAAGAAGUAAAAAGGAUGCUGUCCACUGGACCUAGUAAUUCGUCAAGAGGAGCACAAAAGAGUUAUAGUGAGAUAGUUAAAGAAAAGAAGAAAGAAAAUGUUAUAAUUGUUAAACCUAAGGUUCAGCAAGAAAAUGUUGAUACGGCCAUGUUAAUAAAAAAGAAAGUAGAUAUAAAGAAUAUGGAAAUGGGAGUAACGAAAAUAAGGAGAGGAAACAAUGGUACAGUCAUCUUGGGAUGUGAGAAUGGAGAAUAAAUGGCAAAAUUAAAAACUACAGUGCAAAACAAGCUGGGUGAUGACUUUAAAGUUACUGAGUCACUACAGAUAAAGCCGAAAGUAAAAAUUGUUUAUAUUGACGAAGAAGAAUGGAACUUGAGUGAUAAAGAAUUAAUUGAUUCAAUUAAAAAGCAAAAUAAACUUGGAA